UUGAAUUUAAAUAUAUUUGAUACUAAGGUUAAUACUACAUUCUGCACUAUAUUUUUCAAAAUAAAACAUUAGAUAUAUUAAUAGUCGUCAUAAUGAUUUCAAAAUAGAUAGGUGCGAGUCUAAUAGAACCGGACAAUACGCCGGAGAACUUCUCCGACCUGCAGAAGGUACUAAACUUUAAGGCGGAGUACACGAUCGCUACAGACUGUAAUCUGCAGAAGUGUGCGUGGUACAUGACGACACUGGCGCAGUGUGCGGAGACAUUACAGAUAGAACUCGUCGAGAGAGAGCUUUGGAAGCUCUUUGUGGAUGUGGAAAUGCCUGUCCUUUCUGUUAUUGCAGAAAUGGAACAUCGCGGUGUCUGCGUUGACCUAGAGAAGCUGAAAUCCAUGGAAGGCGUGCUACUGAAACAGAUGAAGACAACAGAGCUGGAGUGCCACAAGGCAGCUGGGAAGAACUUCCAGGUGAACUCCGCUGUGCAAGUCAGAGCUAUACUGUAUGAUGAGCUCAAGUUGGACACACAGUGCAAUGUUAAGAUUAGAGAGACGAUAUGUAAGGGAGCUAAGUCCACUUCUGAAACGAUGUUGCGCAGUCUGAUGUCAGUACACCCGCUGCCCCGGCUGAUCCUGGAGUACCGCCACCUGCACAAGGCGCAUGCCACUUUUUUAGCUGGUAUCGUGCCGCACGUCAGAAAUGGGAUCAUUAGACCUACUUGGUAGCAUUAUUUAUAGUCAAUUAAGUACCUACUUAUUCCUGAUUUGAUAAUUUUAGUCAAUAUAAAUAUAUAUUCAUGACCCAAAAUAAAUUUUUAUUUAUUAAUUUUGGCUGUUCGUUAUUUUUAACCAAAUUAUAGGAUACAAACAGCGGCAGCUACGGGUCGCAUCGCAUGCAGCAAUCCCAACUUACAAGCAAUACCUAAAACACCUUUCAGUUUAGUUCUCUUCCCGCAGGAAAAAGAUAGUGGUACCUAAAUUAUAUUUAAUAUUUACUGUUACUUUCAUUCCAGAAACUUAAUUUCUUAUCAAAACUGUCCCCAUAAUUUAAAUUGUUCAAAUUUAUUUCAAUCAUACUACGUAAACCAGCUAGACAAUCUUAAAACAACCCCAUGAAAUUCCUCUAUUCAUAAGAAAUCGAGACGGACACUCUAAAGUUCCGCUCAGUAUACACGGCUCGG